UCUAGCUCUCCACACAUUUCUACAACCCUAUACCACUUCAAAGAUGUUGCGCAACUCUACCUGGCGUCUUGACGAAACCAACCUGGCCAACUUUGGCUCAGACUUAGAACACGCUCAACGUAAAGAAGAAGCCGAGCUUGAAGAAGUCUGGAGUUAUGAAGGCACCCCUAUUGGGAAUGAAACUGGAAUGUUUAUUUGGCGUGUUCAGAACUUUGGUCUUGUUCGUGUUCCUGAAAAACAAUAUGGCCAAUUUUAUCAAGGCGACAGCUAUAUUCUCUUAAAGACCACUACUAAGCCUGGUUCUGACAGUCUUGUGCAUCACAUUCAUUUCUGGCUGGGCAAUGAAACUUCACAGGAUGAGGCAGGAACAGCUGCUUACAAGACCGUCAAGUUGGAUGAUUUCCUCGAUGGUUUGGCUGUUCAGCACCGUGAGAUCCAAAACAGGGAAUCAAGUCUAUUCAAGAGCUACUUCCCUUCAUUGACAUAUCUCCAGGGUGGCUUUGAGAGUGGAUUUAAUCACGUGGAAGAUGAAGAAUUGCCGACACGUCUGCUGCGUGUCCUGAGACCAUCCAGACUUGAGAACAGUCGGACCCACAAUGCUGUCGUGAUCUCCCAGGUGUCUUUGAGCUACGAGAGUUUGAGUUCCCAGGCCGUAUUUGUACUCGAUACUGGAGAUAUUGUCUAUCAAUGGCAAGGCAGUCACGCAAAGGGCGUUGAGCGAGCAAAGGCAGCAGAGUUUAUCGCUCAGUUGCUGGGCGAGCGUGGAAGAGGCGAAAUGGUCGUGGUUGAGCAGGGAUCGGGAGGUGAAAAUAUAUUUUUUGAAAAAUUGGGCUCAAGUGGUCCUAUUGAAGAACAUGAAGCAGAGAUCGAACAAGAAGAAGAAGAAGAAGAAGAAAAAGAAGAAGAAGUCACAAAACAGUUGAUGUGCCUCAGCAGUUCGGGACCUUUUGGUUUAGGACAUCUUCACUUUGACUUGGUCGCCAAGGACACCAUCACGCGUGACAUGUUUGACAGUCAACACGUGUAUGUGUUCGAUGUUGGUCACCAGGUUUAUACUUGGAUUGGAAAGCAGGCAGGCCGUAAGGAACGUAAACGCGGACUUCAAUAUGCCCAGGAUUACAUUAAGCACUCCGGAAAGAGUCCCUUCACUCCCAUUUGUCGUGUAAUGGAAGGCGCUGAAGAUGAGUUAUUUGAAAGCUCACUUGAAGGCUGGCAAGGAUGGUAGAAAUAGUGUAUAUACAUGAUAUAUAUAUUUUAAUAUUGUUUUUUGUUUUAUAUAUCUUACUUUAUGUAUAAAAAUUAAAUAAUUAUUAUCAUUAUCAUUAUUAUUAAAUAUGAAAAUUUUCUAGCC